ACGGUGCACAGCCGAACACAAGAAUGUGCCGUUUUCCAGAGGGGCGGAGACAAGCUCGCCCCGCAUCCACACAGCGAGCAAAGCGGCGCACGGGCACAAGCCUCGCCGUGGGCUGCCGUCGACAACCAGCCGCAGUUUACAAUAGGAAACAAUACGGUGCUCUCGGUUCUUCUGGGCCACAAUGAUUGGGUGUUUUUUCAGAUGCGGAGAGGAGUCGCACCGCCGGGCGGGCAUUGUUUCCGUGCUGCUGAACUAAGCAGAACCGUGCGCGGCCAAAGUGACGCUGGGAUUCGAACAAGUGACCCCGGCUAACAGAGUUGGAAGCGCGGCUGUUUUUUUUUCUUUAGAGAGAGACGCAGGAGGAAACGACGCAGGGUUACAUAAAACACGGAUCCCAGCCUGCUAUUUAAAGAGCACCCCGUCGGGUGGCCAUGAAGAGUGGACCGCCUGCUUUUCUUCCCUCCGUCCGCGUCCAGGCUGCACGGGACAACGUGUGCUUUCUGAAGCGUAACCUGCGCCCGUGAGGCGGGUUUGCGCAUCGUAACGUUGUCCAGCGUCUCCCGACGACGACGACCAUCAUCAUGAGGACCACCGAGGAGGCAGAGGGCUUUGACGGCGAGGCCUCCAACACCUCCAUGAUCUCCGGGGCCAGCAGUCCGUACCAGCCCACCACCGAGCCCGUCCUCUCCAGGAACGUGUUGGGGGCGAUACGGUGCGACACGGAGUACCUGAAGUCGUACUUUGGGAUUUUAAAGAUGGUUGAAGUGGUCCUAUCGCUCAUCGGAUUCAUCUGCAUAGAGACGAUCAUGAUGUGUUCUCCCUGUGGAGGAGUGUACUUCUUUGAGUUUGUCAGCUGCAGCGCUGUCGUGGUAACGGGGGUGCUCCUCCUCAUCUUCAGCCUCAACCUGCACACCAAGGUGCCCCACGUCAACUGGAGCCUCACGGACCUGGUCAACACGGCCGCCAGCACCUUCUUUUUCUUCUUGGCGUCUCUCGUGUUGGCCUGCAUCAACCACAACACUGGAGCUGAAAUAGCAGCAGUGAUCUUUGGCUUCCUGGUGACAGGUGUGUACGGUAUAAACACCUUCCUGGCGGUGCGGAGGUGGCGCCGUGGCAACGGGUGUCAGGGGGCGCCGCAGACCAGCGAGUACAUGCGAGCGCGCACAGCAUCUCGUGGCGAAAUGGAGGCGAGACCGGAGCUUGCGUGAGUGCUGGCAGACAAUGGGACUAAAUGAAAGUAUUCCAUUCACGUCUCGAGUGGAAGGGCCGUCUCAAGCUCACCACAUGCUUGUGACUUCUCCCGAUAUCACCUCAGCUGUGCUUUCUGCCCGCCCAGCCACUGUCCACGCCACAGUUGAUUGAGCUCUGAGGCUUUGUUUAUCAGGCACCCUGUCUUCAGUGGCGCAUAAAGACUCUGAAGUGAAGAGCUCCAGACCGAAUUGAAGGUAUUCUCUGUAACACUUUUCAUCCACAUAUCUUUCUAAGUCGGUAUGAACUUCCACGAAGAGCCAAAAGAAAAAAAGGCUGACUUCAACUGUGCACUAACUAGGUGUUGACUUCUCGGAAGGUUUUUGUGUUUCACUGUGAAAGAAGUCGCGUUAAAGAAGGUCAGUUUGCUUAUUUCACGCCGCUGGCUGGGAAGCCUGUGGUAAUAAAUGUGACCGUGGGUCCAGGAAACCACUGGACCAGAAACCUACAGUUAACCAGCAGCACAACAGAAGCACCAUAACUUUACGGUUCUUUAUUAGAUACUGACAUCAGCCUUUGGUUUGACCUGUGAGCAAAGCUGUAGAUAUUCUAAUCUCAAGAUUACACACGCUGAUGAUGUUUGUUUCUCCUCCGUCUUGACUAACUUUACAAAUGCCUUUCCCAUGUGACCUUUAGCUGCUCUCCUGCGAGCAGUUAUACAGUAACAGUACAAGGUCAUUCUAAACUGCAAUAAAGACAGACGGCACAACAAAGGUUCAACAUUUUUGAAAUGAGUGAAAAGGAUCGACUUCUUUGCAACACAAAUUCAUCCACUGGAUUUGACACAAUUAUGAGACAAAUUAAAAGUACCUCUUUCUAUCUAUUUUGUUCCCCUAUAUGUGUGUUAACUAUCCCAAAAAUAUUCACGCUAGCAUUCUUAACAUUUUUAUUUCAAGGUGUGUGUUUCGGGCAACACUGUGAGCCAGUAAUGAGGAAGUCAUUGGUAGCUUGUUACUUUUGCACAUAUCCACAGUUUCAGCUAACAGAUAUGUUGACGGUGCAUCAGUGAGAUUAAUUUAGAAAUCAGUAGGUGACCUGAGACCAAUGCCCUUAGCCUAAAAGACUGUUUCUCAGGUAUUGACACGCUCCUUUCGUCUUUGAAACUUUAAAAAAAGAUUUGAAAUGAAAUCACAGGGUGCCUCGAACUGAACGCUGUAUUUCUUAAUGCCUUGCUAAUUAUUAGACAUGAUAUGACUAUCAUAGAGAAUGAAAAUUACUGUAACUGAUUCUUUCAUUAAGUGAAAAUUAAUUUAAAAAGGAAGAGUAAAUUGAAGGUAGAGAUGGUGGGAUGAAAAUGCGGUACUUUUAGCAUUAUUGUCACGGCUUUUAUUAAAAUGUGUGCAUAUGUAUCUACAGUAUAUUAUCACACUUCAUGUAUUAUAAAAUUACUAUCAUUCCACAUUGCAGCUGUUAUAAAGCUCAUACAUGCAGAGCGUGAAACAGAUUUUAAAUGUCUUCCUAUUCGGCUAGUGUACCUGACGAACUGGGAAAAAUGCUUUAUCUAUUUUACGAAGAAGGAAGAAAUUUAAACAGAAUUGUUGUCUGAUAUCAUUUGAAUGCAUUGAAUGUACACUACAGUUACACGUGUGCGUUUUCUUUAAGACUUAUAUGUAACCAGGCCGGGUUGAGUUUGUGCUGGGUCUAAAUCGACUCAAUGGCGCCACCUCCUGGCCGCCAUCUAAAAUGUAUUCCUUGUGACUUUAGAGGACUGUUACAGUACAGCCAGAUAAGUGCAGUAGUGUGUGUGUGUGUGUGUGUGUGUGUGUACAAGAGUAGGACCAGAAUUGUGUUUGACUGUGGAUUUAAAUGAAAAUAAAAACCAUAUGGCUUCUUAAA